GGUUAGGAGGCCCCGAUCAUGCCAAAAUCUGUCCAUCAACAUUACUCAUUUCCAUACGCAAACAGACGAAUACUACCGAUCAUUUCUACAAACACCUAACCUGCUACAAAUAUCAAAGCAAGAACUCGAAUUAAGAAACACCGGAAGAAGAAUGACGAGGUGGUGGGAUAGUGCUCGGGACUUAAGACCACUGGUACACUUGCUGCUUCCACUCUGUUUUCACUGGGUUGCGGAGGAGAUGACUGUUUCUGUGCUCGUUGAUGUCACCACCGAAGCUCUUUGUCCCGGCGAAAACACCUGCUCUGAAGCUAUUUACCUCAACGGCCUUCAACAAACUAUUGUAGGAAUAUUCAAGAUGGUCAUGCUUCCAAUUCUUGGUCAACUUUCAGACGAACAUGGACGCAAACCAUUACUCCUCAUUACAGUAUCUACAACUAUAGUUCCCUUUACCCUACUUGCCAUCAAUGAGUCAAGAUCAUUUGUGUAUGCUUAUUAUGUUCUUCGAACAAUUUCAUACAUUAUUAGUCAAGGAAGUAUUUUCUGCAUUGCCGUUGCUUAUGUGGCAGAUAUUGUUGAUAAUAGAAAGAGGGUAGCUGUUUUUAGUUGGAUUACCGGUCUAUUUUCUACAUCGCAUGUUGUAGGAAACCUCCUCGCACGCUUUCUUCCUGAGGAGUACAUUUUUCAGGUUUCGAUAGCGCUUUUGAUCUUUUGUCCGGUUUAUAUGGCAAUCUUUUUGGUAGAGACGGUUAAGUCAACUCCAAAGGUUGACCAACAUUCGUCUUAUUUGAGUAAAGCACUCACAGUUGUUCAAGAACGUUAUAAAACAAUGAAAUACGCUGUAAAUAUUGUAUUCAACACUCCAACAUUGAGGGGUAUUUCCGUCGUUUCCUUCUUCUAUGAACUGGGAAUGUCUGGCAUCAGCACUGUGUUACUGUAUUAUUUGAAAGCAGCAUUUGGUUUUGACAAAAAUCAACUUUCAGAAAUCUUGAGCAUGGUUGGUGUAGGUUCGAUUGUUUCUCAGUUGGUGGUGCUUCCUCUUGCUAAUCCGUUGGUUGGAGAGAAAGUAAUAUUGUGCACAGGUUUACUAGCAUCGAUAGCUUAUGCAUUGCUUUAUGGCUUCGCAUGGGCUCCUUGGGUGCCUUACCUUAGCGCGUCAUUUGGAGUCAUCUUUAUCCUAGUCAAACCAUCUACCUAUGCGGUUAUAUCAAAAGGAUCAAGAUCAAGAGAUCAGGGAAAAGCCCAGACUUUUAUUGCUGGAGUGCAAUCGAUCGCAAGUCUGUUGUCACCAUUAGCAAUGACUCCAUUAACAACAUGGUUCUUGUCCACCAAUGCCCCUUUUGACUGUAAAGGCUUUAGCAUAAUUUGUGCCUCUUUAUGCAUGGUGAUCUCCUUGUGUUUUGCAUGCUCGUUGAAACUGGAAUCACCACCGGAUGACGUUGAUAAUUUGGAAGCACCACUGGUGUCGUAACCUUGUAUAGUAAUAGACCACAUGGAAAUUAUUGUACACGUCUCAUAGAAAAAAUAAUGGCUUUUAAAAGUUUUUAUAUCUGGUUAUUAUUGGAUUCUUGAUAAUUAAGAAAUAAUGGCCACGUUAGUUUCUCGAA